AAGUGUCGUUGGUUAAUUGGAGGCUGCAGGAAAAGGAAAACGACAUGUCGGCUUUCUAGAGUAUGAAGAGAGCACCAGGAGGAAAGCUUACUGUAUAAGCGACAACUUCAUCCAUGGCCGCGGCAAAGACUGUAUACUUCUCUUCUCCCGCGCUUCUUCACCACUCCUUCAACUCUUCGGAGACUCGGCCGCUUUCAUCUAUCAACUCAUUCAAAUCUAUACUCUUUUCAAAAGCAAACCCUAGCAAUGGCGUCUUCAUUAGGAGUAGAAACUUCCGCACUGUACCAGUUACUCGGGAACGCAGAUAUAAGGUGCUUACGGUUUCUAGGUUGGUGGAUGGUUAUCCUGGAGACGACGAUGAAUCUGCACAGAGAAAUUCGGAUACGGCGGCAGCCAUUGACAUAAAGCUUCCAAGAAGAAGUUUGAUGGUAACGUUUACUUGUAACCAAUGUAGUGAGAGAACGAAGAGGCUCAUCAAUCGGUUAGCUUAUGAACGGGGGCUUGUUUUUGUUCAGUGUGCAGGGUGUCAGAAGUAUCACAAAUUGGUUGAUAAUCUUGGCCUUAUAGUAGAGUAUGACUUCCGGGAGGAGGACAUGGAUAUGGACUCAAAUUCAGAUCAAGUUUGAUAUGGUUCAACGAUGUCAUUUUCCUUUGCAACACAAUCUUGAAAAUUCAUGCAGAAGGCUGAUGCACCCCUCUUUUUCCCUUAUCCCUCCUGGGUUCUUUGCAAUCCUAUCUAUUCCUCCAGGGACGGAUAUAUCACCAGGAUAUAACACAGUUUGGCACACAAAAUGGAUUGUUAUUUAUAGCAUUUGAUCGGGGUAUAGGUAGGCUUAUAACUGCAGCUAGUCAUGUUGGGCUUAUAUCUACAGCUAGCCAUGUUGAUGUAUAACUCUGACCAUCAUAUGCUUCAUAUGAGCUGAUAAGGAUUAUUAAAAAAUUCAGGUUCCAAUUUGCAAGGAAUUAUCAGUACUUAUUUCAAA